CCCGUUUCCACCAGCCCCUGAGGCUUGAACUCGGUCACUGACGCAGAGUUCCGUUUUCUUGUUUGGUCCAUAAACAAUCAAAAUCUCGCACUCCGCCGCAAUUUUCCUGGCUGGAGCGCCUCUCUGUCUGGCUCUGCCACUUACCAAACCAGCAAUCCUUCCCACUCCCCCCCCCAGCGUCCCAAACUCAACUCCUCCAUCACCGCCGACACGAGCCUGCAGCAGGCCCUGCAGAUGCUCGUUACACAUCGACCAUGGCAUCGGUGAGCAAGGGUGGUCGGCUAAUGCUGUUGCGGCCCUCCCCGACGCCGACCCGGUGGAUCGGGACGCGUGGAGGCCGCGGUCCUUGGGCACUGCUCCCGCUGUCAGCGACGGCAAAGACGGCUUCGGCAACCCCAACAAGAACAACAAGGCUGUUGUCGGCGUCCAGGACGGCCGUAGUCUACUUCUCCACACAUCCGCCGAGAAGAUCUGACGAAAAAGAAUCAGUCUCCAGGCCGGAUCCCGUCCCGAAGCCCCAAGAUGGAGGCGACAGUCUCCCCAAGAAGAUGCUCGAAUCUGCCGCCACUUCCUUUGCCUCAAUACUUGUCCUCGCCGCCGGCUUCGCCAUAGCAGGCUACGCCUACCACAAGACAUACAAGCGCAUCGUGCUCAAGAAAAUGACCCGCGCCUUCACUCCCGGCGACCCCGUCCUCGAACUCGCCGCCAUCGGCAAGGAGGUUCCGCAGAACCCCGCCGACGCCGACGACCGCUGGGUGCAGCGGCCGGAGCAGGCGCGCAUCGACAAGAUCGUCAACGGCUCUGAGGUCGGCCACUACUUUUUGAUACUGGGCGAGAAGGGUACGGGCAAGAGCAGCAUGCUGAUCGAGGCCAUGCGCAAGAUUGACGGCGACGGCGUAGCCAUGUUCGAGGCCCACGCGGAUCUGGAGAUUGUGCGCAUCCGUCUCGGCAAGGCACUUGACUUUGAAUUCCACGAGGACUACAUUGGCGGCUACUUCAGCGAGCGCGGUCCUCGCGACACGACGGCCCUCUUGGAUAUUGAGCGCGCCCUCAACAAACUCGAAAAGGUUGCUAUCGUCAACCGCGCAACGCGCAAGAAGCCGCUGGUCGUCAUCAUCAACCAGAUGCACCUGAUUCGCGACGAUGACGACGGCAAAGAUCUCAUCGAGCUGCUCCAGCAACGCGCCGAGCAGUGGGCCGCUUCCAACCUCGUGACUAUGGUGUUUAACACGGACGACUACUGGGUGUACGAGCGGUUCAAGCAACUGGCUACGAGAAUGGAAAUCAUGUCGGUGCGCGAUCUGCCCAAGCGUCAAGCCAUUGCGGCGCUCGCCAAGUACCGCGUCAAGUACUUCAACGAGCGGCUGAGCGAGACGAUGCUAGAGGAGGUGUACGACCUUGUCGGCGGCAGGCUGUCGUUCUUGAACCGCGUCGCCAAAAGCAGCGAUAUGAUUGCGACUUGCAAGUCCAUCUGCCAAGUGGAGAAGACGUGGUUCCUCAACCAGUGCUGGAUCCUGGGCGCCGAGAUGGACGACGACGUGAUGGAUCAACAGAAGUGGGCGGCCGCUGCCAUGGUCCUCGCACAGGCGCUCGUUGACAGCGAAGAAGACAUGGAUCUAUGGGAUGAGGAGAAGGGUCACGUGCUGCCCUCGUUCCAGAUGCACAAGGCGCAGGAGAUCAUGACGCGCGCCGAUUUCAUCCGGGAUAUGGACCGCCUCAACCUUUUCACCAUCGCAUCCAACGCCGAGGUGCGCGCCUCCUCUGUGCCCAUGCACCGCGCCUUCCAGGAGAUAUGCGCGCAGAAGGGUUUCAGGGAUCACCUGGAGAAGACGAUCCAACGUAUCAGCGAUAUCGAGUCGCUCGGCCGCACCCGGGAGCUAGUAGCCAAGGAUCUCGUACUCGGUGGCAAGUACGAGAUCAUCCGCGAAGGCAAAAACGGGGUCACGGUUAAGUUGACCGAAGGAGAGGACCGGGAUAUGUAGGAGUGAGACUGGUCAAGGAGCAUGACGGGACGAUGACGGGAAUAUCGCAUCUCGCGUAGCCUUUUGAGCCAGAUACGGUUAGGGGCUUGCGAGCGGUCUGGUAAGCUAUGUGGUGAUGACCGUCUUCCUUUCCUUCGUGCCUUGCACCCCCCUCCGCGAUGCGCGAUGGGAUGCAAGAUCGAUCCUCCAGGGGACUGUCCAUCGACCCCCCUAUCCUUUCGAUGAUCCAUCCUGCCCAUCGAAAUCAGGGAAACACCCUGAAGAUCGGAGAUAGGUCCGGCGUCUAUUAAUUGGCUGUUAGGUUGCUGGAUCGGGCUUUACCCAUCUGGUAUGGGAUGAAGCCUGAAAGUUGCAUCGGAUCAGAUGGGAUGACACCAGCUUUGACAGCCACGUGUCGUCAAUUGCAUGGGGGUGAAGGGGCGUCCGGCGUGACUGGGCGAGGAAUGCAUCUACUCGUUCACACGUAAGCACGUGAGAAAAACGAAAACAAAAACGGCGUGGCUGGGGGGUGGAAGCGAUUACAAAGACUUUCUUAACUGGAUAAACUACAUACUUGGAAACGGGUGAGGGGAGGGGAGGGGGAGGGAGGAGAUGCCGACGGCGGCGGCUUCAGGUGAUGCUACCCUCUUCCGUCCCCCCAAUGUACGAUCGAUCAAUAAUUUCCAGCAAAUCAAUAUUUCCCAUGUAGCCAAUCUUCCGUCACGCCCGACGUCCCCAUCACACGGCUCAUGACCGCGAGUCCGAAUUUUGCCGCUUCCUGUGGUCAGUGUUCUUGUUAUCCAUCAUGAUCAGGCUUCCCAUCUCGCAUUCAUGUACGUUUGUGGAUGGCGUGAUUUCGCUGGACCCCUGUCCUUGCCCUGUCCUUGCCCUGUCCUUGUCGGGAACCUGCUUGAUAUUGGUGAUUGGCGCUGCUGUGUGGUCUUUUGUCUCAGAACACCACCAUCAACUACCAAUCCUGUGCCCUCGUGAAGCCAACUUUCCCGAAUCCGCCGGGAAGAAUCACCCGCCUCGGUCGAUUACCCUCGGUAGAUCGUCAGCAACCGGACUUCUUUUUCUCUUCUCAAUCUUGCUCCAGUGGCCCUCCCCGUCAGGGAUCAACCCCGGGGCAGAUGAAGUGCGGAGACGCUCCGCUUGCGACGGCCAACAACAACCCCUUCCCCUCCUCUCUCAUCUCUCAUCGUCUCCUGCUUGUCCAAUCAACAGAGGCCCAUCACUCACCGCUGUCGGGGAAGGGGGGGUACUAAAACUCCGCCGCACAGAUGACGGGCGCGCCUACGAAGCCAGCUAGCUCGUCCCUCACGUACCGUGGCUUGACCAGUGUGCUAUCACAAUGGGGGCCAUUUGCCAAGACUGACACCCUUCCAUGUUGGAGAAUUGGCUGCCUUGUGCGUACGCUACUCUGCAUGAUCUGUGCGGUUCAGAGAAAAGGCCGUUCUCCAGGAUGCACCGCAUGUAAAUCCAUCAUUCCCUUCCUGCGAAUAUGGCCAAGGCCAGGGCAUAUCGCUGGCUAACCUUCAGGAUGAAUCAAUGCCUAGAAUCUCACAACGCUUUCAAAUCCACCGUAAACCCCUACAGGAAGAGCACCGCUUGAUUGUGUCGACAAGUACCCGAUGUACUUUUACGUACCUUUUCUCCGCCCCAAGUCAUACCUGCAUGCACAAAGGCAAAAUGCAGAGUAAAGGAGGGAAGCCAAGGGCGGGACGGGGUUGAGGAGUGAUGCACACGGGCUGCUCGGCUCCCACGGUGGCCGCAUGGGAUCUUCGCUGCACCAGUUGUCGCAUUUGUCUGAACAUACAGUAAUUGGAUACGACGGUCACUUUUUGGUUCAGUGUCGUACGAGGAGCAUGCGUGCUUGUCCAGGAUAUUCAAUACUCGUACAGCGUCCGAUAUUGGCGGUGGAUUUGGGUGGGUUUAGCCCGUUGGACUGCGAUUUUGAUAGUGUUUGUGCCUUGAGACGAACGACUGCUCCGUGCAGCACGCAACCCCGAUCGAUGAUGGUCCGAGUAACAGACGACUCACCUCCAAAUCAAAACCACCGUUAGCUCAACGCUAUUGUAGGUGUGUGUAUGUAGGCAGAGAUGAUGGAGGCGCAACCGGCGCAGUUUGUAUUGUGUCGUAGCUAUUCCUUCAAUGCCUGACCUAAUAGCAUGCGUCUUCGCGCUCC